AUGUCCGGCUCUGGUAUGUGCAUUAUUGCCGGUGUGUUAUGGCUAACACAUGGUUCACCUUUGCAUGUACGGGGGAUCAUUUUGAUUCGUUCGGGUUUACUGACUGAAUCCAUUUAUUGGCGACUCUGGAGUCUUGCGAGUGGGAGGUCGUUUAAAGAAAGCAUCGCUUUCAUACUCAGCAAAACACCCAAUAUUAUUGCCUGGACAUCAUCCAUUCUCAAUGUGUCUAUUGUGAGGCAUGAGCAUGAAAAAUAUCUUCACGCUGGGCCACAGGCUACUCUAGCAGCAGCUGCUUCAACAAUCAUGGGAAAUCUUCCGAAAUCACAAAUCAACAAUCCUACGAGGGCGUUUGACCAGUAUGGCGUAGAUUACGCAGGUCUCUUUUAUUACAAGGAGGGCACUAAAAGAAAUACCAAGCAAAUAAAAUGCUACAUUGCAGUUUUCAUCUGCUUAGCCACAAAGGCGAUUCACUUGGAGUUGGCUACCAGCUUGUCUUCCGAAGCAUUUUUAAACAUCUUCAAACGUUUUGUGGUCAGAAGAGGCGCUGACUACGAACUAAGAGAAUUAUUCAAACUACUCAAGAACCAAACAACCCAGCAGCAAGUCAGCAAUCAAUUGGCUAAUAAAGAAGUUCAUUGGCACUUCAUUCCACCCAGAACACCCUAUCACGGUGGUGUAUGGGAAGCUGCGAUCGAAGCGAUCUUGAAUUCUCGUCCUAUUACUUCACUUUCAUCAGAUCCUAAGGAUUUAAGGUCAUUAACGCCAGAGCAUUUUCUAAUAGACACUCCACUUACAUCUUAUCCACUUACAUCUUUGGAAGAAGUACCUACGAAUCGGUUGUCUCAUUGGCAGCACGUACAACUAUUACAGCAACAGUUUUGGCGACGCUGGUCGCAUGAAUAUUUACAACAAUGCCAACAACAAGUGGCAAAUUGA